AUGGAGGGUGUGAGACAUCAUUCUCAUUGUCGAAAAUCGUGUAUAGAAAAACACUUGCUGAAAAAUAAGUGGAUAAAGUGAAAGCCUUGAAAAUGAAGAGUACACAUGGAAGUUGUGAGACAUCAUUCUUAUUGUCGAAAUUUGUCUACAGGAAAAGCUACUUAUCAACUAUAUAUAUAUAAAAAAAGAAGGAAGAAAUAUAGUGCAAACUUCAAAAAUCAAGUCAUAGAAAAAGGGAAAUGUAAGAUCAAUAUUAUUCUUGGAUGAGUAUUGAUAAUUGAAACAUCUUGUAAAUACAUCUAUGAGUGAAGAAGUGAUAAAGAUGUGAAUAGAAGAAGUGAAGUCUAGAUUGUUAUUCCAAGGAGUGUUUAAACAUUUAAGUGCUUGUCAUCAUUCUUAAAUACUUGAUAUAAGAAUUCAAAGUGUUUAAAGGUAUAUCAUUUCUAAUUAUAUAUUUCUUUUCUGUAUUGAAAUAUGAUGUUUGAGAUUUGUAAAAUUUUAUUUUCAUAAUUCCAUGACUAAAAGACUAGCAAUGAUUUAAGUUGGGGGGUGGGUGUGAUAAGUCUUCAUUAUCAUGAUUUAAUAAUUAGUAAAUAAUAUAAUUUUAGCCUUAACUCAUGAUAAAUAGACUUAUAUUUUUGUUAAAAAAUGAUUUGUGGUUUUCAAUUGAUUAACGUAAUUUUUUGGGUCAUUAUGUGAUUUUAUACGAUUUUUACAGUUUACUUUUAAAAUAAAUGAAGAACAAGAAAUAAAAAUAAAAAUAUUGCAAAAUGGGGAACCCGCCGGCCAACUGGGCCUGCAAGUGAGUCAGAAGUGCAGUCGGGGAGUAGCUGCGAGCAAGGGCUCGAGUGGCUUAGCUUGGACUGAUAGGGGCACGUGUACGCCACUCCCCUUUCACGUCACCGGUGGCCAACCAGCUGUGGGGCAAGGAGUGGUCGUACACGUGAGAGAAAGGACUUUGCUUACAAAGCUAACAUUACUAUAUAUUCGCCCAAAAAAUCGACGCACAACUAAUGUGGGACUAAACCUAGGUCACACCUUCCUCACAAGCAGGCGACUGGCAUGAGUUUGAAUCCUCCUAGAGUCAAAAUUUAUAUAUUUUUAUCUAAUUAUCGCGACUUUCCUGCAGAUCGCCGAUGAAGGAUUAAGCAACGAGAAUCACUGGAUCAUCGGUGAAAAUCUCAUCAAUGCGAUUCGCAAAGCAUUGCUACUAAAAUUGCUGAAUGAUUUGUGAUAGAUUGCAAAUCCAUCAAGUAAAUCAUCUCUGAUUGAUCGACGAAUAAGUCGUCGCCGAGAAGAGGAUGAUCUGCUGAGAGACGAGUCGCCACCUCCUGAGAGCGUACCAGAUGCGAUGAAGAGCCUCCUCUUGCUGCGUGGACCUGAGGAUGAAGCUCCCUGACACGCGCACUACCUCCAUCCAACUCCUCUCUAUCGAGUGACAGCUGCUUGAGAGCCACAAAGUCAUCGUUUUUCUGCUCCGCCAAGUGACAGCUGCCAGAGAGGAUUCGCGAGAAAAUCUAGAGAUUGCCCACAUCGUCUUUGUCUAA